GCUGUGAGCCACGCGGCCUGGCCUGGCCUAGCGCUCUCAUGGCGGAGCCCUGUGCCGCGGAGCAGCGCUGGCUGCAAGCGGCUCGGGACUUCGCCCACCAGGCCCUCCUUGCCCGCGAGGGACCUGGCGGGCCCGAGCCGCCGCCGCUGGACGCGGUGCUGCGGUGCCUGCGGAGCGCCUGCGGCGGGGACCUGCCGCUCGGCUACAGCUUUAUCUCCAUCUCUGAUCUACAGCGUCAGCAGUGUGUGCCAUGCUGCAGCCACCUGACUUGGAGCACUAAUGAAUUUAAAGAAUGGGCUCAUCAAGGACAAGGUGUUUUACCCUUGCAGAGCGCUUUGCCGAGGACUUACCUGAUCUUGGUUGGCUAUUUAACAGAUAGAAGGCAAGAGAACGAAGAUGAGGUGGUAGACGGUUGCCUAUACGUGAAAGACAAUACUGGGAUAAUUCCUUGUGAGCUCCUGCAUUUUGAGCUUGAGUGGCUGGAGUCGCUGUUCCUCUUCCCAGGCUGGUCAUAUAUCCCACAGACAGACCAGAGUGCAGCAGGGUAUGUGGAAAUUCUGGUGGACCCAGUGCCAGUGAAUCUUCCAAAGGAAGUACCUGACACCAUUCUAGUCACCUACCCAACAUCAGCCAGGCCUUUGCUUACCUCCAGGGCUCAAUGUAACAAAAGAUCAAAGCUCACUGUGGCAGGCGAACUGGUCAGACUUGGACCUCUCCUUUGUAUUCGCCACAAAACAUUCUUCUUCCUGUUUCUGAAGUGCAUCUUCUCAGCUGUUUGGGUCCCUGUGCUGGUUCAGAAGCCCAAGCAGCUGGCAUGGCAUCAUGUCCUCCAGCUGGGUCACAAGUACACAGUAACAGGCCUGAGUAUGUGCAGCCUGAAGAAAUCUGGACAAAGGAUGUUUGUCACUGGUGUUUCUUCCUGCCUUCUGCCCUACUGUGCAGAGCUGCUGAGGGAGCAGCCACCAGACAGUGCUUGGCAAGACGAAUCUACUCCAUCUUCUUCCCUUGAGGCUGCUGAGCAGCUCAGUGACUCCUUGGAGCCGGAAGUUGAAGAGGAGACACCAAGAUCAACCAAAGAGUCCAAGAUCAUCUCUUAUGUGGGAACUGUCACCAAAAUACUCAAUGUCCAAGCCGGUCUCUUUCUACUAGAUGACAAAGUCUGCUUGUGCCUUGCUUACCAGCAGUUGCUGAACUUUGCACAUGGACUCCGACCAGGAGCAUGUGUAGAGCUCAUCGAUGUCCACCUGCUGCAGAAGCCUCUGGUAUCCUUCCCUUUCGUUGUACUUGGUGCUUGCCUGAGCAGCACCGUUGUGCUCAAGAGUUUUUCAAGGCUCAGCACCUCCUACCAGCCACCGGCCUCGUCAGGAAAUCUCUUCUUACAGCUGCUCUUCCGAUACAAUCUUGGUAUACCUCUCUACCUCUGGCUGGUGAGCCUCCUGGAGACGUUUGAGGAGAGGUUUUCUUGUUUCUUUGGGCGGCAUCGACUGUUGCUUAGCUCUACACACCGAAAUGCUGGAGCUGCUGAGAAGUUCCUUGUCCCUCUUCUGCAAGCUGUGGUGCCAGGUAGAGGGGAAGCAAGAGAUAUUUAUAAUGAAAUCCUAUCAGAAAUACACCACUGUCCCCUGCAGAAGUAUUUGCCCCUGAACCCCCCAUGCCAGGCCCCAUCUCUAUCUGCAGUUUGCCAUAUGGCAGAACAGAAGAGCUGGGAGGGCUUCAGCCCAUCACAGCUGCUCUCCUCCUCGGAGGCACAGCACAUGGGCACCCAGGAGUUGAAUCGCAAACUGGCUUGGUCCUACUGCACACUCUCAGCAGGAAGUUUCCAGUCCCGACUGAUACUGCUGGGUGUGCUGAGAGUCUCCUCCAGGAAGAGUUCUCUCCAGCUACAGGACAAGAGCAGCACGCUUCCCUGUGUGAUAUCCCAUAAGGAUGGUAGCCCCUUUGCCCAUACAGCUCUCAUAGGGUCACUCUUGCAGGUGGAAAACUACCAGCUCAUAGUGGAAAGAUUCCUUCAGACUGAUUUUCCCUCAUGGGAGCACCUGGCAAAUCUGGAGCAUGUGAGGGAGAAAAAAACCAGUGUCUACGUGCAGUUCUACUUUGAAGACGUUCAGGUUCUCCAUGCUGCUGAAGGACGGAUCCAGAAAGGCAUCAGGAGUGGAGAUAGCUCCUCUAUGAGGAAAAAGGAUGAUGGCGGCUUAACAUCUGAGCUUGAAACUCCGAAGGCAAAAAUGCUGAAAUUAGAGGAUCCUAAACCAGAGACCCACAGAGAUGAGAACUGUCAGGAGGGCCAGAGCAGCCCUAGAGGAACCAGCUGUGUAUCUCGGCUAUUCCUCGUUACUCAGAAAGAGGGUCUGAUGUUACGCAAUUACCAACUACCCAGAAAAGAAGAUGCAGCAGGCCAGCAGCUGCAGCGCAGUUUCCAAGCCACGGUGCUGUGGCUGGGCAGAGCUCGGCUCUGGAGCCACCCCAGAGAAAUUGGGAAUCUGCCAGAGCUGGAGGAGAUGGGCCGUGAUGGAGAAGAGGACGUGACACGGCAAGAAGCACUACUGCUUUUUAUGGGAAAGUCUCUACGAUGGUUUCCAUUUCUGCACCUGGAUGGGCUGUAUCGCUUCGUUGUGCCCUGCUGCUCGGACUUAGAAGUGUUUGACAAGCUCUGUUCCCCACUUGUGCCAACAAAGUUCCUGAGCAGGUCAUCCUGCCCCCUGUGCCUGCCUGUCCAAGAUGCCUGGCACUUACAGCAUGAGACAUGGAUCUCCCAUCUGCCCGAGCACCAGCUGGCAGCCAGGUCAGUGCUGACAGGCAUGGACCAGAGAAUUUUCUCCAUUGCAGAAGUCCUUAGUGACAGUUUCACAGGUUCCCUUGUUUCUUUCUCUGGUGAGAUAGUGGAGAGGACCUUGUGUGCCUCUCCUAAGAACGAGAAGACAUCUCUGACUGUUGACCUUCAACAGCAGAAAGGGAGUCUACUAGCCAGUGAUCACAGCGUGAAGCUCAGCGUCUCAGCCGCUUCAGGCUCCCCUGUUGUGAUGGAUAUUUACAUCGCUGCUACCUAUCUGCAGCAUCUCUGGGGAUUGCUACCUGGAGCCAAGAUCCUCUUCCAGAACUUGGAACGCAAGAUCUCAAGAUUCCAUAACGUUUAUUGCACGUAUAUUGCCUCCAGCUCUAUGAGCACUGUAUCUCUGCCAGCUUCUCGCCCACCUUUUCCUUCCAGUCCUGCAGGAGAAGCCUCUACCCUCUCGCUAGUGUUUCUGUCCAGCUUGCAACCUCCCCUGCAAAACCCACCCCAGGCACGGAUUUUAUGCCACUUAUCCUGUGUGCUGACUCUGUCCUUGCAGUGGGUUUGCUCACUUUGCAGCAGCAUCUUCAAAGAGGGGAGGUGUACCCGACACAGUCCACCAUGUCCGUCCCAUGCGGGAGUGAGGCAAGCUAGUGCACGGGUGCUGGUGGAGGAUGGGACGGGUGAAGCUUUGGUGCUGUGCAGGAACCAGCUUGUGGCAGCAGUGCUGGGCCUGAGUCCUCUGGAGUGGGAAGCUCUUGAGAACUGCGUGCAGAGCAGGGGCAGAGUGUACUUUCAACAUGGGGAAGCUGCUGGCUCAGGGUGUGUAGAGGAACCCGAGGAUCUCAUUGCUUGCUACUUAAGGAGCCUGUGCAGGAGUCCUCUCAUCUGUCGCCCUAUCCUGCUGGAUUUCAGCCUAGACAGGAAGCCGUCCAAGAUCCCACAGCCUGCUCCGCUGCAGCUGAGAAAUUUCCGGUCAGGUGAAGUGGAGUUUGUGUCACAAGUGGGACCUCGGCUGAGCCUGCUGUGCCUGAACGUGGAGGAGGUGGACCAAGAAGCCUUAAGCUAUCUGAACAAUGAGAGGAUUAGGAGGACACCAAGUCACUGUGGAGGGGGAACCACUGCUUAACAUGUCUCCCAGUGGGAGGGGAAUUAUGGAAAUACCUUCUGGGACUGGGAGUUUUUUUCAAUCCCAUUUUCCAGUGGGAGCACAGGACCGUGAGCACAGGGUGAAGGGUGCACUGGAGACCCUGCUGGGGCUGGUGCGAUUCCCAAAUGGUCAUUCUGGACCGUUGCCACCAGCAAUACUGGGCUGCGCUUUGGAAGAGUGAUGUUCAGUGCUUCCUACUUGAGAGUGGUUGAUUUGGGCACAAUGUGUGUAUUUUGAGUAUGGUAGUAUCUACUCAAUUAUUAAAGUACAACUUAAACUACACUGUAUAUAUUUUACUGUUAAGGUUUACUUGCACUACGGAGAACAAGGCAAAAGGUAGAUCGUUGUUUUAUGAGCAACUAAUUAUUAAAGCAAUGUUUUUAAAGCAUUUCCUUCCUCCAAGAAGAGAAGGGAAGUGAAUAAAUUACUGUUUGGAAA